CAUUCCCCGGAAGAGCAGCUGGAGAGCAGUCCUCCUGCUCUGUCUGUGCUAAGUAUAGGACAGCCAGCUAUGCCACUUGCUUUAGCCUAGAACCACCCCAAGGCCCAGAGGCACACUGGCACUAGAACUGAUUUUCCAGCCUCAAGCUACUCGGGCAUUUGUGCCAUCUGCCUCAUGUCAGCAACCCCCAUGAAAGCAGCCCUGUAAACAGCCUCAAGAGAUGGACAGACAGACAAACCCACACCAACAUUUUCCCUAGGCAGCAUGGACAUCAAGGAGUAUUUUGCCAGAAUUUCUUACCAGGGCUCCCACAACAAGCCAGACCUGGCUACCAUGACAGAUAUAUUCCAGCACCACAUCCGAGCUGUCCCUUAUGAAAACCUCAGCAUCCACUGUGGAGAAAGAAUUGAGCUGGACCUGGAAGCGAUCUACAACAAGAUAGUGAAGAAGAAACGUGGGGGCUGGUGCAUGGAAAACAACUAUCUCCUGUCAUGGGUCCUGAAAACUCUUGGCUUUGACAUCACCCUUCUGGGAGCAAAAGUUUAUGUCCCAGAGCGUGACGCCUACCCAGAAGAAAUCAAUCAUCUGCUGAUACGAGUGGAUCUUGAUGGCAAAUCCUAUAUUAUGGAUGGGGGAUUUGGGAUGGCCUACCAGAUGUGGCAGCCAAUGGAGCUGAUUUCAGGGACAGAUCAGCCUCAGAUACCUGGGGUGUUUCGUUUUCAGGAGGAGAAUGGGACCUGGUACUUCGAGAAGGUGAGAAGGAAGCAGUGGGUUCUGAACCCAAGCACCUCAACUUCCCCAAAUGUGGAAAAUGAAGUUUGCCGUCGGGUUUAUCUCUUUACCCUUCAGCCACGAGACAUUGAGGAGUUCAGGGGCUGCAAUUCCCUCCUGCAGACAGCACCUAAUUCAAAGUUUGUGUUGAAAUCCAUGUGCAGCCUGCAGACUGCUGAUGGCAUCCGGGAACUGGUGGGGUGGAAACUCACAGAGAUAAAAUACAAUUAUAGGGACAAUAUGGAUCUUGUGGAAAUCAGAAUCCUUGCAGAUGAGGAAUUAGAGAAAACACUGAAGGAGAAAUUCACUAUUAUAUUAGACAAGAAAUUUGUACCUGUUGAUAAAAGGUUGUUCUAACUCAGUGCCUGGAUUACAAUUCAAUUCAGUGGCAUUACAGGCAAUUCUUCCCUCUCUUUCUGACAAGUAUCCAAAGGUUAAUCUUUCUCCUUCCAACUACACCAGUGUAAGGCAGAACAUACUAGCAAGAAUCUGGAGAACAAAUGGAUUUUCACAACUAUUCCUGCAUUUCUUUUAGGCUGGGUACAAUUAAUGUCUGCCAAGCUCAAUCAAAUCGUUACCCUUCUGUUUGUGCUUAGCAGGAAGCAGACUCAGCCCAUUCCCUACUCCUUUCAUCUCUUAAAAGCUUUUCUGAACACAGCCAGUGUAGCUGGGCAGAAUGAUGGAGCUGUAUGUCUUGGUCUUUAGUACCUGGUGCAGGUAAUAAGUUGCAGAUAUCCAGGCCUUUUCCCACCUUGGGAAAAUGAUACCUGCCUCUGAAAUGAAUACUAUAUUAUUUUGGGAGUGUAAUAGCCAAAACCACAAAGACAUCCUGUGCUGAGUUCCUCCUGUCGAGCCAUAAGCCUGUUCUCUUUGCUCUCACAUGCCCAACACCCUCUCACAUGGCACUCAGGCCAUCCCACACCUGUGCAAAGUCACCGUGUGACCACAUGACAACAGGUUGUUUAUGACUCAGAACUGAGGAUAAGAAAUGUUUUUGACAAUUCUGUACUGUUUCAUACUUUGCACAGCUCCUGUUGUCUCAGUGACAUAACCAAAGAGCAGCAUUUCUUUGAACUGAAAGCAUCUCUUGAGCAUUUUGUUUGCUCCCACUCCACAGCAGACUGUUCCUCUCCUCAGACUCUACUCUGGGUGCUCUUGCACGUUAAUUAUUACAGCAGAACCCAAACACAUGUACAGAAUUCUUUUGGUGAAACAUAUCUGUUCUACUGAGGAUGUGUUUGCAGUGAUACUAAUUAUAUUGAUACAAGGAGAAAUGAUGAAUGUUAAUCAUGUACCUAAGGGCUAAGAUUUCUAGUAGGAGAAAUUACUCAAAUGUGACCCCUUUGCCCUUUGAGAAGAUGCUUGAUGUUCCUUUAUGUACAAAUCUUGGAAGCAUUAAAACUAUGCACUUAUAAUUAAACAAAUUAAUGAAUUGCAAUUAAAUAAAAUAAUCAAGCACUGUGAACUGGAAUUAUUUAGAUAUUCCACCCCCCCCCCCCCAAAAUACAGCAUGUAUUCCCAAAGAAAAAAAAAUCAUUAAUUACUGAAGUUGUCCUGGUUAUUUGUAAGUGCUAAAAUUUUCCAGCUAAGGCUUCUAAAAAGACAGUAACUCACGAAACUUGUUAUGCAGCAAGUACAGCUUUAUAGAACUAGGAGUUCAGGUUUAAUAAAAGCUGCUAUUCUGCAUCUGCAUCUUCAAAACCUAUUUCUUAGAGACACAGCAAGCUCUUGAAGCCCCUGUCUUCCAGAGUCAUAUUCACUUACAUGUGCUGGCUGCAGGAGUGCAAGAGUUCCUUAUAGCUCAUGAGGCUCUCCCAUGCUAUGAGAAAAGGAAAUGUGGUUGUAAAAGAAGGAGAGAUUUCUUAUGGUUUGGACCAGCAGCUUGCAACACAAACGAUCAGAAGAAAUUGUCCCAGGAUGUGUCUUGUUCAUGACCUGUGUUUUUCUGUGCCUCCAAAUUAGUGGGAGAGCUGGAGGAGCUGAACUCAGUGGGACAGCAGGGACAAAGCAUUGGGAUGGGGAGGAAGUCCAGGCAGGUCUUGUGAAGCUGUGGAGCAGGAGAAGAUCCACAGAGAGCCAAGAAUCUCCAUCCUUUGUGGGAACAAACAUAGGAAAGACCUCAAAUGGGCUGUGCCCACUCCUCUCUCCCUGUGUCAGGGUGUUUCCUGCACCUUGUGCUCCUUGGGGAACAAGUCCAGAGGUAUAAAAUCACCUUUAAAUACUGAAAUAGGGAAUUCUGUCCAGAGAUGCAGCGUGGGGAGGGCAGGAACAGGGAAAGGCUCUUUUCUUUCUGCUGACUCCUCUGGAGCAUAUGCCUGGAGCUGCUCCUGCAGGGCACAGCUCAGAGCUCCCCUGCUCACCACAGAGGCACAGUGCACUGCUGAGCAACACCAUGGAACUUGCUGUUGGAAGGACAAAAAAUAAAAAAGAAAUGUCUCUUUUCAGAU